AUGCGUACUAGGUGGGCCAAUUGGGAUUUUCAUCUGAGUUUCGAUGCUCGAGCAGGCCCAAUUAUAUCCUUAGCAUCAAUAUUUGAUCUCCAGAAGCAAAAAUUUCGUCAAGUUUUGUAUCGAGGAUUUGUAUCAGAGCUCUUCGUCCCAUACAUGGACCUAACUGAAGAAUGGUACUACAGAACAUUUUUUGAUGCUGGUGAAUAUGGGUAUGGUCUAUGUGCAGUGCCACUCGAGCCACUUAGAGACUGUCCUGAAAAUGCAGUUUUCAUGGACGCUUACUUCGCUGGCCAAAAUGGGAUGCCUGUGAAUAUGCCUAAUGUUUUUUGCAUCUUUGAGAGGUAUGCUGGAGACAUAAUGUGGCGGCACACCGAGACUCUUAUACCAGGCAAAGUGAUAAGAGAAGUUAGGCCAGAGGUGACCCUGAUUGUAAGGAUGGUCUCUACUGUCGGCAACUACGAUUACAUCAAUGAUUGGGAGUUUAAGCAAAGUGGUUCAAUCAAAGUCACGGUUGGACUAACUGGUUUGCUAGAAGUUAGGGGAUCAAUAUACACCCACAAAGAUCAAAUAAAGGAAGAAGUCUAUGGCACGCUAUUAGCAGAGAAUACACUGGGUGCUCACCAUGAUCAUUUCCUUACUUACCACCUUGACCUUGAUGUGGACGGUGAUGCAAACUCCUUUGUCAGGUCCAAUUUGCAAACGAGCCCAGUGAAUAAUCGAAGGUCGCCGAGGAAAAGUUAUUGGAGGGUUGUCAGUGAGACGGCUAAAACCGAGUCUGAUUCGAAGAUUAAGCUUGGAGUAGAGCAAGCUGAUCUACUAGUAGUUAAUCCAAACAAGAGGACCGAUUUGGGGAACUUCGUUGGCUACCGUUUGAUCCCGGGGUCUUUUGCUGGUCCCCUCUUAUCAGACGAUGAUUAUUCACAAAUUCGAGGAGCCUUCACUAAAUAUAAUGUGUGGGUUACACCGUAUAACAAGUCUGAAAAAUGGGCAGGUGGACUCUAUGUGGAUCAAAGCCGAGGGGAUGGUACCCUAGCAAGAUGGAGCAUCAGGAAUCGGGGGAUAGAAAAUAAGGACAUCGUGUUGUGGUACACUUUGGGAUUUCACCAUGUGCCAUACCAAGAAGAUUUUCCAAUUAUGCCAACAAUAAGCAGUGGGUUUGAGCUCCGGCCAGCUAAUUUUUUUGAGAGCAAUCCGGUUCUCAAAGUUAAACCGCCUCCGUCUAUCAGCACCUCGCAAGAGUGCUGCGGGACCAAGUCCAACGAAUAG